AUGGAUAAACUAAGUAAAUCACUUGAAGUUUUAAGGUUACUUUCAACAACAAAAUCAGAAACAUUAAUAAUCAAAGGUAACAAUGAAAAUUAUUUUAAAUUAGUUAAAGGUAGUGUGGAAACAUUAUUUACAACAUGUGACGAAAAUGCUUAUAAUAACUUCUCGUGGCCUAUUCAGCAAAUGUGUUAUCCUAUGGUUAUAGCACGUUUUCUAAUGACAAAUGCAAUUAAUCAAUUACUUGAAUAUCAAAAUAGUAGUACACGCUUAAUAAUUGUUUAUCUUGGUUUAAUAAAAAAAAUUCUUCAAUUACUUGGUUAUUCAAAUUUAUUUGAUUUUGAUCAAUUAUUAAUUUCAACCCAAAUUGGAUCUAUAGAAGAAAUUCGUGUUAGUGAAGCCUUAAAAACAGCUUAUUCAACAUGUCAACGUUGA